AUGCAGCUUCCGCCACACCCGCUGUAUUCUCUUCAGCUCACGCCGCACUUCGACGCGCAUGGUGCCAGUAGCCUUACGGUGCUCCUGAGACUGCAGUUACCGGCGAUCAAGGCUGGAGAUGCCGUCUUCUUCUUCGACACUUUCUAUGGAAACGUCCCCGGGCAUCCCUUCCAAGAAAAUGAUAUCGUCGCGACGGACGACCACGGCCCCCUCGGCGUCCGGUUCCACAAUGUUCCCUCUCGUGGCCGUGACGAAAAGCAACAUUGGUCGUUCAGCCGAGAGACCCGGGGCGACAUUAUGCUUCAGUACGAUGUCUUCCCACGAAAAGUAGACGUCAAGACCCCUCUGGGCGCGCGUAUCGAUCUGCGCCGUGACCAAGGCGGACUGCACGGCGCUGGCAGCUGGUUUUUGCCGCAGCUCAUCUCCGACCAAGUCUUCACCAUCGUCGUCAAAUGGAAUGUGCCAGCCGACGCGCCAAAGUCUACGAGAUGCGUCUGGAGCUACGGGGAGGGAACCAAGCCAAUCGUCCGCGUCGAUCGCUCUCAGCUCGUCCGGGACACCGUCUACAUGGUCGGCCCCGUUCAAAGCUAUCCCAAGGUGUCGCCCGGGAACGACGGGGAGUUCUCCGCGUGCUACUGGUUCGGCAGCCUUCCCCCGAAUCUCGACCGAUUGAAGGGGUACAACACCGUCCUGUUCCCGAAAAUGGCCGCUUUUUUCGAGUCGUCGGGCAAGCCGUAUCGCAUGUUUAUGCGAAAAUCCGUCGUCGGUUUUGGCGGCACCGGCUUCGACGCAAGUUACAUGCUGGAAUACGAUGAUACAAGCAGCGACGUGACAGACGAUGCCCUCAUUCAGCUUUUUACGCACGAAAUGGUCCACAGCUUUGCCGUCAUAGACCCAGAAGAGGACGGGAGUGAAAACGAAUGGUUCAUUGAAGGAAUCGCCGAGUUGUAUUCCUCGUACUUGCCUUACCGCUUCGGCUUCCGGGGUAAGGAUUUCUUAAUCAAAACCAUCAACAGUCACCUGCAAGGCUACUUCACCAACCCACGGAUCAAGAUGGAUAUCCGGGAUGCGGCCAAAAUCAUGUUUAACGACUGGUAUGCCGAGUGGAUCUCCUACAAGCGCGGCUGCGCGUACCUCCUCUUCGUCGAUCUCUACCUGCGGAGACUCAGCCGUUCGUACGACUUCGCUGCGGCCGGGCCGCUUGACUCCAUCAUCACUGGUCUGGCGAAAAGAAACAAGCAAGGCGAGGCUGUGUGUGCCCGCGACUGGCUCGAGAGCUUGAAGAAGGCUCUGGGCAACGACAAGUUUCCCGUUGAGGAGCAUUUCGAGGACAUGCUUCGUGGGCGUCACGUUCUUGACUUCGACGGUCUCUUCUUGGGCGAGCCCUCCAACAGACUGAAAUCCACACAGCUCCCAAUUUUGCAGUUCGGUUUCGAGAAACGAAGUCUCAACUCUCGUUUCAUCGCCGGCUUAGACCCAGAAUCACCAGCCGCUAGAGCAGGCUUAUGGGAAGGGGCUCCCAUUGUCAGCACAUCGCGAUCCAGUGAUUGCAUCGAAGACGUUCAUAAGGCUUAUAGGGUGGUUGUUCGAGACGGAGACCAGACUCGUCUUAUCGAGUAUCUCCCUCGCACGAAAAACACGGCACCGGCCUGGCAAUUGGAAAGUUAG